AGGUGGAGUGGUCUUGAGUUGGGCCUGCCGGCCCUGCAGGCUGUGAGACCGGCACCUCCUGGAGAAGCCUAGUGCUGUGUCUGCUGCAGUGAUGGGAAGGGUCUGGGGAAGCACGGGUCUGCGAGCUUGGAGAGAGGUCCAGGCUGGAGGUGCAGCUGUGUUGGGGUCCUUUGGGGUUGUGCUGGGCCAGGUUGGUUGUUAAAACCCUGGCAAGGGAUGGGGUCACAGGAGAGAGGCCUCAGAGGGAAGAGAAAAGCAGGCAGAGUGCUCAGAGGCUCUGAAAUUUGGUGCCCGCCGGCGGUCCUCGGAGUGCAGCUGGUGGUGACCCUGCUCACUGCCACCCUCAUGCACAGGCUGGCACCGCACUGCUCCUUUGCACGCUGGCUGCUCUGCAAUGGCAGUCUCUUCCGAUACAAACACCCUUCUGAGGAAGAGCUUCGGGCCCUGGCAGGGAAGCAGAGGCCCAGAGGCAAGAGGGAACGGUGGGCCAAUGGCUGUAGUGAAGAGAAGCCUUUCUGUGUGCCCCGAGAUGCCCCUUUCCAACUGGAGACCUGCCCCCUCACAGCCAUGGAUGCCCUCGUUCUGCGCUUCUUCCUGGAGUACCAGUGGUUCGUGGACUUUGCCGUGUACGCGGGCGGUGUGUACCUCUUCACAGAGGCCUACUACUACGUGCUGGGCCCUGCCAGGGAGACCAAUAUCGCUGUGUUCUGGUGCCUUCUCACCAUCGCUUUUUCCCUCAAGGUGUUCCUGACGGUGACCCAGCUGUACUUCAGCGCCAAGGAAGGGGGUGAGCGCUCCGUGUGCCUCACCUUCGCCUUCUUCUUCCUGCUCCUGGCCAUGCUGGUUCAGGUGGUGCCUGAGGAGACCCUCGAGCUGGGCCUGGAGCCAGGCCUGGCCAGUAUGACCCAGAACUUGGAGCCACUUCUGAAGAUGCAGGGCUGGGACUGGGCGCUUCCUCUGGCCAAGCUGGCCAUCCGCGUGGGGCUGGCAGUCCUGGGCUCCCUGCUGGGUGCUUUCCUCACCUUCCCAGGCCUGCGGUUGGCCCAGACCCACCGGGAUGCAUUGACCAUGUCGGAAGACCGGCCCAUGCUGCAGUUCCUCCUGCACACCAGCUUCCUGUCACCCUUGUUCAUCCUGUGGCUCUGGACCAAGCCCAUUGCGCGGGACCUUCUGCACCAGGCGCCCUUUGGGGAGACGCCCUUCUCCCUUCUGUCAGACUCGGCCUUUGACUCACUGCGCCUCUGGAUGAUCGUGGCGCUGUGCCUGCUGCGGCUGGCAGUGACCCGACCCCACCUGCAGGCCUACCUGUGUUUGGCUAAGUCCCGCGUGGAGCAGCUGCGGCGGGAGGCCGGCCGCAUCGAGGCCCGCGAGAUCCAGCGGCGGGUGGUGCGGGUUUACUGCUACGUGACGGUGGUGAGCCUGCAGUACCUGACGCCUCUCAUCCUCACCCUCAACUGCACGCUGCUGCUCAAGACGCUUGGUGGCUACUCCUGGGGCCUGGGCCCAGCCCUCCCGCUGUCCCCAGUGCAGGCAGCAGCCCCCGAUGGCCCAGCGGGCCCCAAGGAGGACGAGGCCCAGCAGGCAGCGGCCCGGAUCACUGGGGCCCUGGGGGGCCUGCUUACACCCCUCUUCCUCCGCUGCGUUCUAGCCUUCCUCAUCUGGUGGACUGCCGCCAGCCAGCUGCUGUCCAGCCUCUUUGGCCUCUACUUCCACCAACAGCUGGCAGGCUCCUAGCCACCUGCAGACACUCCUGGGGCCCAUGGCUGCCCCUUCCGUGUGUGCCUCAGUGUCCCCAGGUGCGAGCAGGUCUGGGCAUCCCCACUGUGCCCUUCACUGCAGUGCCUGUAAGGGCCUCCCUUGGACCCUGAGCUUUGCGUCAAAACCUGUCUCCGAGGGCCGGUGGCAAAGGGUCCCACAGCCAUUGUUCCUGGAUUGUGUGUGCACAUUCAGGUUGGACAGCAGAGCAAGGAGGCUAUUCUUCUGAACAAUGGAGCAGGUGGCUUUUUACAAAAAGGGAAACAGAAGGGAGAUGGAGGGGAGGAUGGUGGGCCCAUGGCUGUGGGCUGGUCCACAGCAGCUACUGCCCUCUGCCACGUGGGGACUGCUUUCCCAUAAAGGUCGCACACAGGCAAAUGGCCAUGCUGUUGAGUCCACGGUGAGCCAUGUGAAGGGGAUGAGGGGCCCUUUCCGACUCGGGAACUUUUCUGUCACUGUGGCCACACAGUGAGAACCCAAUGUGGGUGCGUGUGUAUAUAACAACAUAAACGUAGCCGAAAAGCCAAAAUUCAACUGAGUAAAUUUUAAAGAUAUUAAUUGGCUUUAUUCAACAAUGCCUGAGUCAGUCAGCAUUCCAUGCUGUUCUCCUAGCCCCUAGAGUGGUGGUCGACUUUUGAAACUCUGCUUUUGUUACGUGGAUAAACAUGAAAAGUAUAUUUAAAACAAGGGUUAAAACCUGGGUUAAGGCAAACUGAAUGCAUCAUCUAAUUUUGAUCCUUCUCAAAUCUCCAGUAAAAGUACAGAGGUGUCAGAAUGUUCUGGAAGUUAGGAAUUAGGGAGGAGCCAUAAUUGACUGCCAAUCUUGUGGACCCUAAACUCAAAGCCCAGGAAAUACCUGGAUUUACCUGUAGAAGCUUCCAGAGGCAUUGACCGCACCAGGUCCUGAUAGGCCAGGCAGAGGGUAGGGGUGAGACACAGAAGCUGCUGGCAUGGAAGCUGUUUCGGAUGUUCUCAGGUGCUCAUGUCCCUCCCUUGACACCACUGCACAGCCAGGAGGGAAGCCAGACUUGGUGGGGGGUAUGUUGGCAAAUGGGUGAAUACACAUAAUGAAUGCUAAAUGGAGAGAGCCACCAUCCCUCACCCUGCGUGCAGAUUCCAGAACCUUCCAGGCAUGAGACUGAAGACCCCUGGGGAAUCCAACUGGCCCACAAAGAAAGACUUCACGACACUGGCACUAUGGAGUUCCCGUCAGCCACCCGCUUAGCUGUGAGUCCACGUGUUCCCCACACUUACUUGGUCCUCCGGGCUGGGCUGCCUGUCUGCGUCCCUGGGCUUCACUAUGAACAGACAGCCAGGAGUGUCCCGCAAUCGGAGGAACUGUCCAGUGUGGAAGGCAGACUCAAACAGAAAAAAACUGGGUGAAAUUGACUUUGCAGGGAGAAGAGAGCUCAAACAGCAAAAAAACCAAUCCAGAAUGUUCUCAGAAGAGAUUAUAUCUAUGAAACAAGAAUAGAAUACUACUGGGCGGCCGAAUGGCUCAGUUGGUUAGAGUGUGAGCUCUGAACAACAGGGUUGCCAGUUCGAUUCCCACAUGGGCCAGAGAGCAGGUUUGAUUCUCACAUGGGCCAGUGAGCUGGGCCCUCCACAACUAGAUUGAAGGACAAUGACUUGGAGCUGAUGGGCCCUGGAGAAAUACACUGUCCCCCAAUAUUCCCCAAUAAAAUGUAUUUUAAAAAACCAGAAUACUACUAAAAAGGAACAUCUGAAGAACCUUUUUUUCUUUUUGAGUUCUUGGAGAUUAAAAGCAAAUGAAAGAUAAAGUUGUGGAAAUUUUGCAGAAAGAACAAAAAGAUAAAAGAUGCAAAACAACGGACAGAGAGGAAAUGAAAUUAGCUCAGAAGAAGAAUCUUCAAUAUAAUGAGAGUUCUGGCAGGAGAGAUCCGAGCAAACGGAGGGAGAACUCCAUGGAACAAUGCAAAGGCAGCUCCCCAGCACCAGAAGGUUCCUGGUGCCUCAUGCUAGGUGACAGGAGUCCCAUCCCAAGGCACGUCUCUGGGAAGUUCCAGAAGAAAAACCACUCCCAGCAAGGACAGAACAGGCCAUACCUAGUGGCCCAGGAAUCAAAUGAUGGAGCCGCAUCUCCCUACUGUGCAGGACCUAAACUAUCCCCUGGCACCUGAGGGGUCACGACCUCCACCCCCCCCCAGCUGACAGCCAUUGGCCGAGAGCUCAUGGGGCACAACUCCUCCUGCAGCAGCCCCUCACUUGCUCAACCACGGCUGUGCACGCUCUACUCUGGAGUGCAAUACCCUGUAUUGUAGGGACACACAGGAAGGCAGAAACACCAUAAACAAAAGCAGUGCCGCGACUGACACAAAUGUCAGCACUCAUGGAGUGGCCAGGGCAGGAAGAACCGGGGACAACAGCAAACCACGCAGACAUUUACAGAGUCUUUGUGACACAUUUCACACACAAAAAAAGAAUGUAAAAAUGACAAAAAUAAGGUAUUAAUAGAACCACAGAAAAAAAUAGGGAAGACGUAAUGGGGUGAUGAAAAUCCUGUGUUUCGGGGGGAGAAUUAAGUAUCUCAGUUUUUAAUUGACAGCGCCAGUGGCAACUGCCACACAUUGGUGCUGCUCAUAGGAGGGCAUGACUCUAGUCAAUGUCUGGGACAUUUUUCAUUGGCACGACGUGGGGGUUGGGAGGCCAGGGAGGUUGCUCAACAUCCCACAGCGCCCAGGAUGGUCCCCAGGACGGAGAACGACCCGGCCCCAAACAUCAGCGGUGCCAAGGCUGAGAAAACCUGUGUCACCAGAAACAGACCAGCUGACAAAAAGGAAAAUAAAAAACAAACAAAAAGCCCAAAAGAAAUCAAACCUUCAAUUCAAGAAAAGUUACCCUUCUCUUUCUCCUCACACCCAGCAAAGAAAAGCCCGGACAAACUGAAACAGGACCUGAAGUUCACCCACGCGAGUGUGAACUGACCUUACCUUGUCAGGUCCUCGGACCUCUUGCCCUUGUUGUUCCCGCCCCACCGGUCCACGCCCUGGCCACCCCGCUGGCCCCCACGUUUAUCAGCAACUCCCAGUUUUCUGCUAUGGCCCUGGCUGUGUGGGGCAGCUCAGCCAGCACGACUGGUGAGUCUGAACUUCCCCUCCACCCCCCCAAUCACAUCAGUUCCAUCUUUCCUGUUACCCGUCUCUUCCUCCACACACCCAGCCCAUCCGGAAACUCGCCCCCCACCCCCACCCCCCUUCUGGGCCAAUGGCUGCUGGUUCCCUGCACACAGCUCUGCCCGGCUGCCAGAUGGGGGCGUUGCGAGCCUCCAUCCCGACCCUUCCUUUCCUGAGAAGUCACCUUGAUUAGGGAACAUGAGGGCCUCCCAGCAUGCUCAGCUCCUAAGAGAAAAACCUAGACCGGCCAUGCAGAUGCUAGAACAGAGCUGGGGAAAGUGAUACAGGCCACGACUUAGAGCAGGACCAGCCGGCCAGUGCUUCGUCCAUUCUGGCUGCUAUAACAAAAUGCCAUAGCCUGGGUGGCUGACAACAGAAACUGAUUUCUCACCGCCCUGGAGGCUGGAAUUCUAAGAUCAGGGCAUGGCAGGCUGGGGGAGGACCUGCUUCCGAGUCACAGACAUGCUUCUUGCAGUGUCCUCACACAGAAGCGGUGUCCUCACAUAGCGGAGGGCAGAGAGGGAAGCCAGCUCUUUCAAGGGACUCUUGUAAGGGGAUGGAUUCCAUCAUGGGCCCCCGCCACCUUCGACCUCAUCUGACCCUAAGGACCUCCCCGAGCCCCACCCCCUAACACCACCACAUUGACUUUAGGUUUCAACACAGGGAGGUAGAGGAGACACAAACGUCAGGGCGUGACAGCUCAGAAGAUAAAAUAGCUAGGACCCGGGCCCCCCCAAACGCCAUGGAAAGCAACACAAAAGCUGAGAAGGCAGAAGAGUCACAACCAAAGCAGAGACAAUAAAAUUUUAAGGGAAUUAUCAGAAGCCAUCUGGAGGGAACAAUUUCCUAGGAAGACACAAAUUAGGAGAAUUGAGCCUCGGUCUGAUCCCUCCCAGACUGAAGAUGGGUGCCCAGGCUGGGCCCUGGAGGGGGCUCUUGGUCCCACCCCUCACCCAGAGUAUUCUGGAGCCUUUUCAGUCCAUCUCCUCUCCCAGACCCCAGUCUGGCUUCCUUCCUGAGCCCUCUGCUCCAUCCUCCCCCAUCUGCUCACACUCCAGGGCUCCCCAGUGCUACCUUCAGGGCUGCCCGACACCCACCCUGCAGUGAAUCCCCAGGCGGACGAGGGGGAGACUUUUCUCAAUACCCCAGGCAGGGUCGUUCCCUCCCUCAGCUGCCCUCCAGGAUUCCCGCCUGCCUCCCCUCGGUUCCACGGCACGUUUUGCAAAUAUUUCACGGCAAGAGUCAGAGCAGCCUCACCCAUGACAUUGAGAGUCCCCCAGGGUAGACAAGUCUGGGCACCCCGACUCACCCCUCCCCAGAGGAACACGAGGCCCCUCGGGCACAGGACCUGACGGGCAGUUGCAGCCACGUCUCCAGUACGUUGGUGUCACAUCCACUGCUGCCUCCCUGGAGCACAAAAAUAUUACUACGUCACUGAGAACAUCCUGCCUCUCCUACCAGGCCUGCGGUCUGGGGCUGCCGUGUACAGAAUGACAAAGAGCAGGGAAAUAAAUGGCCAACAAUCAUGAAGAGAUGCCUGGCCUUGUAAAGGAUCACAGGAAGGUGUGAUUAAAACAGCAAGGGGGGGCUCAGGCGGUUGGGGCUCAGGCGGUUGGAGCUCCGUGCUCCUAACUCCGAAGGCUGCUGCUUUGAUUCCCACA